GCCUGGAAGACUCUCAAGAUCCAUACCGGCCGCUCAAUAGAUCGUGCCCGAGCAAGUAGUUUGGUUAUCAUACGUUUAGCAUAGCGGGAUAGGCAAUCCACAUGGCUUCACCUAACGGUCGCUUUCGGGAUCGGUCGCGCUCGCCGUCCAUCCGUGAGCUGCGCAAUCAUUCUCCUGUUCCGUCGAUCAGAUCAAUCUCGUCGAACACGACCGCGCAGUCUUCUGUUGUUGUUGAGUCCCUGAAGAAGAAAUCGUCAUCUGGACAUGCUGCGCAUCGGUCAAGGAGAGUUAUUGGUGCAGAGAGCUUUAAUCUUCCGCCACCUGUUGCUGAAGAACCUUCUACGGACGGAGGCGAUGAAGCAAAUAACUGCCCGAUAUGUGGCGAGUCUAUGACUACAAGACUUUCACUGAAACGACAUUUGGAGGAUGUUCACCGUGCGUCGGAAGGAGGUGGUGCGCAGUCGACAUUCAUGAAAUAUAUCAACAAAGCAAAGAACUUCACGCCAGUUCACGCAUUCAACCAGACUUUGCAGUAUGCAGAUCUGUCAGAUCUUGCGUUUACGUCCGGGACCCUAGGUACUGGCUUCAGUCCAGAAGGUCAUAUCUAUCUGCCGCCUGGAAACGGCUCAGGCUAUGCAGGUCCGGGUGCAGCCGCUCAAACCGGCGGUGUAACCUUUGUCGGUCCUCACAACGUCUCCAGUUCACAUGUCCAUGAUUCACAUUCUCAUCAUGUGGUAUCCGGUGGUGUGAAUGGCCACCACAAGCAGCAUGUCGUUCAUCAAAAGCCGCAGCUGACGGAAGACAUGGUCACACGAGCACACUGGCAACGGGAGACGGGUAACGAUCGAUGCUCAGAAUUCAAAUGUCGGACGCAGCUCAACAGUAGGGUUGGAAAAGUGAACUGCCGAUCUUGCGGACGCUUGUUUUGCGAGGAACAUGUUUCCUGCUCGAUGAAGCUGGACAAGCAAGCGAAAUGGGACCCGGAGAAAGGUGUAUGGUGCCGGGUAUGCUUUUCGUGCUUUGAGAGCCGGCCAGGAUUUAAUGACGCUUCUGGUAUGGUGGAGGAUUUGACGAGCGCUUUUAUCGCUAAGCGGAAACGAACAAUCACCAAAACACAUCUGGAAGUCAAUUUGCUUGAGAAGCGCCUGACAAGAUUGAUAAAGCUGAUGAUUGAAACAAACGAUCCGAGCGUGACUCGCGCUGGAAGUCUCACAAUUACGGUUGACAACGGCGCAAAAACUCUUGCUACGGAUGCCGUAGGGGUAGCGGCGACAUUAGCGACCGGAUACUUCAAACAAAUCAGAAACUAUCGGAAACCGCCAGAACAAGAGGUUGUGGCUUGGCAGGACGAUAAAGACGUCGAGGAUUGUCCUUACUGUGAGCGCAAGUUUUCAUUUUCGAUGAGGAAACACCAUUGCCGGCUGUGUGGAAAGGUUGUAUGUGGUUCUCCAGAUACCGCCUGCUCAUCGCAGGUCACGUUGGAUUUCGAAAGACUUUCCGACUAUUUGACGGAGAAAGUGGAAGAGGACAUCAUAGUCAAAGUCCGUACUUGCAAAGAUUGUCGGUCCGUCGUUUUUGGACGACGAGAGUUCUCAGAAGAUGUGGCCAACAAACCAGGCUUCGUGAAGGUGUAUGAAAACAUGGUCCAGUUCCGUCGAGGUAUCGAGUCGCUGCUGCCCAAAUUCCAGAAACUGCUGAGCAACUUUGACGAUCCCGACAAACCUCCGUCUCAUGAUCUGCUCGCGGAGGCCUCGCGCGUUCGCAAGAAACUGAUUUACAGUUUCCAGGAGUUCGACACUGCUGCGAAACGAAUCUUGAAGACACCGACGAGAUCUGCGCAGCAGUCCAAGUUACAGAACAACGUACAUAUAGCAGCGAUGCAGGUCUUGCAGGUGUACAUGCUCCCACUGAAGAGUUUACCUAGCGUGCUGAAGCAUAAUCCGAAUGCUACAACGUCAGCUACGCCUUUGGUGACUAAAAUCACAACGCUGAGCGAAGUGCAAUAACCGGUGCACUACUAGCUCUUGACCAUUAUCUGCGCAUUGGUGUUUGUUUGCCUUUUCUUUUUCUUUUGUUUUUUUCAUGCAUUUUUGUGCAUUUUCGUUAUAUCUUUAGGUUUGGUAGAGCUUGUGUUUGAGGCGUAAGGAAGGUAGUAAAUCUAGAUGAUAAUGGAUGAUUUGGAAAUCUGU